AUGUUCUCCCUCAGUCUCUGUGUCCCAUACAUGAUAAUGGAAUCGCAUUUCUCAAAAACACUGGUUGUCGCUAUUUUGGUGUCACUCUCAGUGAGCUUGGCACCAUGCUUGGUUUUGGCCUCAACUUCAUGCAAGUUCCCGGCUAUUUUCAACUUCGGGGACUCAAACUCUGACACCGGUGGCUUCUCUGCAGUUUUUGGCCAGGCUCGUCCACCCCAUGGAGAGUCCUACUUCCACGGCCCAGCCGGUCGUUACUGCGAUGGCCGCCUUGUCAUUGAUUUUAUAGCUAACAGCCUCGGAUUGCCAUUUCUUAGCGCAUAUCUUGAUUCUGUGGGGAGCAACUUCAGUCAUGGAGCCAACUUUGCGACGGCAGCCUCAACCAUCAGACCUCAAAACACAACUCUUCAUCAGAGUGGGUUUAGCCCCAUUUCCUUGGAUGUUCAAUACGACGAGUUCUAUGAUUUUCCUCCAAGAUCCCAAAUUGUUCGCAGUCAAGGUGGAGUUUUUGAACAACUUAUGCCUAAAGCAGAAGAUUUCUCUCGUGCAUUGUACACCUUUGAUAUUGGUCAGAACGAUUUAGCAGCCGGCUUUUUCUUCAACAUGUCCACUGCCCAAGUCAAAGCUUAUGUUCCUGAUGUCCUCAAUCAGUUCAAAAGCAUUGUCAAGAAUGUAUACGAUCAAGGAGGUAGAUACUUUUGGAUACACAAUACGGGUCCUGUAGGCUGUCUCCCCUAUGUAUUGGCCCGCCUACCGGUAUUAGCCUCUCAGGUGGACAAGGCCGGAUGUGCCACACCUUACAAUGAAGUUGCUCAGUUUUUCAACCAUGGAUUGAAAGAAGUUGUGGUCCAAUUAAGAGAAGAACUACCAUUGGCUGCAAUCACAUAUGUUGAUAUUUACUCAGCCAAAUACUCCCUCAUUAGCCAACCCAAAAAACAUGGAUUUGAGCAACCAAUAAGAGCAUGCUGUGGCCAAGGAGGGAAGUACAACAACAACUUGCACUGUGGUGGAAAGAUUAAGGUGCAUGGCAGGGAAAUAUUGGUGGGAAAGGCAUGCCAAGACCCAUCACUCUGGGUAAAUUGGGAUGGGUUUCAUUACACUCAAGCAGCUAACAAAAGGGUCUUUGAUCAAAUUGUAGAUGGUUCAUUUUCUGACCCACCAGUUCCAUUGAAAAUGGUUUGCCAUAGGCAGCAGCAAGCUCAUUGAAAAUUAGAUCAAGUGUCCCUCCUUUUCACUAUUUAGAUAAAAUACUCAAGGCCACCAUAAUAUUUUUCGGUGUUCUUUUUUCUAUUUUCUUGAUGGAUCAGUUUUGUCAUAUACUUGAUGGAUUAAAUUAAAUUAAGCAUGAAACAGAUAAAGAAA